GUGUUGCUCCAAGAGCAAAGAUGAAUGAGCAACGUAAAAGGCGAUUCGAAAAUGCUAAUGCAAAUGAUAAAUUUGAUAGAAGCUCUGUGACUCCAGAUCUUUCAGAGCAUAUUAAAGAAUUUAUUUCUAAUAAAGUUCAGACUGAUGGUGAUUGGGGAACCAAAAAAAUUAUAUUCUCUGGUCAUGACGUGCCAGGUGAAGGAGAGUAUAAAAUAUUAGAGUUUAUUCGUCAUUCUGAAUUAGAUAGUUUAAAGCAUUUGAUAUUCGGAAAGGAUUCAGAUAUAAUUUUAUUGGGACUUUUACAAUAUAAAAAAAAUAUUAAAGUAAUUUGUACUGACAAAAUCACGUCAAAACCAAAAGAGUUUGAAAUAAAAGCAUUGCCAAUUUUACGUGAAGAGUUGGAAAAAGAAUUUAAGAAACUUUGGGAUGUUAAUCCUCGACCACCUUUUAAAUUUAAUAUUGGAAGCAUAAUAAAAGAUUUUGUAUUAUUGACAUUUUUUGUUGGUAAUGAUUUCAUAACGGGAUUGCACAAUUUUAAUAUUAAAUAUAAAGGGCUUGAUCUGGCCAUUCGUAUUUAUAAAGAAGUGUUAAAAGAUUGUGAUAGUUACAUUAAUAAUGAGGGAAUAUUGAAUAUAAAAGUUCUUGAAAAGAUUUUUGCGAAAUUAAGCAUUAUUGAAAAAUAUGAACAUAAUGGAAAUUAUUUUGAAUUAUAUAAAAAAAUUCAAGAAAAAUCUACUAAAGUAACAAAAAAGAAUGAAACUGAAUUUCAGAAAUGGAAAAGUAAUUAUUAUCAGAAUCAUGAUCGAGAAAAUUCAAAAGCAGAGCAAAACCAAUAUAAAGUAUGA